AUGGCGUCUGCUAGCGUUCGUUCCUGCAACUGCGGGCCGGAAGUGAAAUCCUUGGACAAGGAAUAUUGCCAUGUCAGUGUUGUACACCAUGAGAAACAUAUGGAACCAGUCAAACAACCUCUGAAUUCAUCAGACGCACAGAAAAAGGAUGCUUAUAACUGCUGGAAAGCGAGUGCAAAACGAGUGAAACUAGCUGUGAACGCAUGCCGAGACAAUAAUGUAACAUAUGUUGAACCACGCAUGGUUUACUUUGUCGUAUCGGAAAAAUACAAGUUCAUGUUCAAAUUAAUGCCCAAAGUGUCAUCAACUACUUGGAGAAACUUUCUACCGACUAUUGAUUCGGAGUGCUUGAAGAGUGGAAAUAAGAACCUCACUGAAACAGAUGUGAAGAAAUAUACCAAAAUCAUCUUCUUUCGAGAACCACUGGAGAGAUUGGUGUCAUUUUACUAUAAUAACAUACAUUACACAGUAAAUCAAUCGGGCCAAAAUAAGCAAUUCGAUGAUCUCAUCAAGAAAAUUGGAAUACGGAAUCACAGCGUGAUGGCACGUAAUCCAAAGGGAAAUGAAAUAUAUAAUAUAACAUUUAUAGAAUUUGUAAAGAUGGUCAUUCACCACCAUUCCUAUGGGGAAUAUAUGCCACUCGGUGGGCAUUUAGUCAAACAAUAUCGAAGAUCAUAUGUAUGUUCAUUUAAGUACGAUUUUAUCGGUCAUUUUGAACAACUAGGCGAGGAUGCUGCGUGCGUUCUUGAGAUGAUUGGCCUUGAUAGUAUAUAUCGUUUCCCAGACAUUCAUGCACAGAAAGGCAAUUUGAGAUACACAGAAGCGCUUGGAAGUUUAUCCAAACAUGUUCUUGAAAGUCUUAUUGAAGUGUAUCGAUUAGAUUAUGAAAUUUUUGGGUAUAGAAUUCCUACAUUUGAAGAGUUUAAGGUUAAGCAGGGAUUGUAA